AUUGACAUCCGUCUUAUCUUACGUCUGUCAAACCGGACUCAGUCGGACUUUGUUGCAGGUCUCAGUUCAUCCCUCUGGCCGGUGUCAGUGCGCGGUGAGGAGGCUGUUGUCUUACAUGAGGAGAAGGCUGAGCUGAGGAGCUCCGCAGCCGGACAGGAGAGAUGAGGGCUGGGCUGCUGUUAGUGUUUGUCGGGGGGCUGCUGGAGGUCGGCAGCGGCGUUUCAGGAAACAGAGGGGGGUAUCCGUCCUUUACAGACGAAAUCCCUUUCAAAAUCACCUGGCCAGACGCUGAGUUCACGCUGCCAACUUCAGGUGCACUUUACAAUGAAGAUGACUUUGUCAUCAUGACAACAACAGAGAAGGAGAAGUACAAAUGCCUCCUGCCCUCUCUGACAGCUGGAGAAGAGGACAAUGAUAAGGAGUACACCGGGCCCAGUCCGGGUGAACUGCUGGAGCCAUUAUUCAAACGAAGCAGCUGCUCCUACAGGAUUGAGUCAUACUGGACGUAUGAAGUUUGCCAUGGAAAGCACAUAAGGCAGUAUCAUGAAGAGAAGGAGACUGGUCAGAAGAUCAGUGUUCAAGAGUACUUCCUGGGGAAUAUGGCACAGAAGAGCCAGCUGACCAAGACAGAUAAAGUUGAAGAGGCAGAAACUGUCAAAUCAACAGCUGAAACAGAAGUGCCCACUAAGAACAUAGAAGGUCAGCUCACUCCCUACUACUCAUUGGAAAUGGGAAAUGGGACUCCCUGCGUCCUCAAACAGAACGAGCCUCGCUCCACGUUGGUGCUAUACGUCUGUCAUCCAGAGGCCAAGCAUGAGAUCCUGUCUGUCGCUGAGGUCACGACCUGCGAAUAUGAGGUGGUGGUGCUGACACCGCUGCUUUGUGCUCAUCCAAAGUACAGGUUUAAGUCGUCCCCGGUGAACGCCAUCUUCUGCCAGGCUUUGGCGGGCUCCCCUAUGAGGCCUCAGCGACUCACUCAGUUGGACAAGGAGCAAGAGGAGCAGCUUAAGCCGCCUUUCAGCACCACCUCCGAGGCCAGAGAGGAGGAGGCGUCACCAGUGAGAGAGGAAGCCUUCACCUCCACUCACAAACCCAUGACUGUUGGAGGGCAGUCUCAGGUCACUGUUGGCACCACUCACAUCUCUCGUUUGACAGACGACCAGCUAAUCAAAGAGUUCCUCAGUGGCUCAUACUGUCUGCAUGGGGGUGUAGGCUGGUGGAAAUAUGAAUUCUGUUACGGAAAGCAUGUCCAUCAGUACCAUGAGGAUAAAGAGCAAGGGAAGAACAUUGUGGUGGUGGGGAGCUGGAACGCAGAGGAGCACACUGAGUGGGCCAAGAAGAACGUCGCCAGAUCCUACCAGCUCAAAGACGACGGAGUGCAGAAAGUCAAGUUGGUUUCCCACUUUUACGGCCAUGGGGAUGUUUGUGAUCUGACAGGGAAGCCCAGACAGGUCAUUGUCAAGCUCAAAUGUAAGGAAUCUGAGUCUCCCCAUGCUGUCACUGUCUAUAUGCUGGAGCCUCAGACUUGUCAGUACAUACUUGGGGUUGAGUCUCCAGUCAUAUGCAGGAUUCUCGACACUGCUGAUGAACAUGGACUUCUGUCACUCUCCAGCUAAACUGACAAAGAUCAUGUGACAGACAGCAGCGGCGCAUGAAGGACAGACAAAGAGAGGUGCACUUCAACUAAGAGGACGCUUACGAGAAAACUGAGGCCUGUUAGGUGGAGGAAGAGAGACGCCCAUGACACUGUGCUAGAAGCCAAAAUCAAGCUUAAACAGAAGUGAAACUUGAUCCUGAGGCUGGACUUCAUGUAGCCCAGGAGCACAGCCCCAGCCCAUGCUCUGAUGUGUGCAAUGGACAAUGUUACAUUACAGCCUAAUCCAGAAGGCAAGCUCCGACUUUGUGACAACACAGUGAAAUGUGUCUGAUGCCUCGCUCUUGAAGGCAGUGGAUUUAUUGCCUGUACUUCAUAUCUAUGCUUCACUUUGUGUUGAUUAAUUGCAAGUAAAUGAGUGACGAAUCAGGGGAUUCGUAGUUAUCAGGGGAAUCAACAACAUUCAUGGUGGUUUUAUUGUCUUUAAGGUCUGUAUUUGUGUGUGUGUGGGGGGGGGGGGGGUAUGAAGUGAUUAGCUGUUUGACUGUGGAACUUUGUACGAGUAGAUAUGAGAAAAAGCAAAUCUGAAAAUGUUUUUGCUGCAGUGUGAAUGUGUGCUGUGUUAAUUUACAGGAUGAAUGAGUGUAACUUAUGCUUUAGGAGAUGCUGUGGAAUAGCAGCGAAAGCGAGCGGCUGAUUAAAAUUUCAUUUGAGUUUGUAGGAUGUACAGAAUGUCUGUGGGUUCCUGUAAGAGGUAUUCUGUGGUUAAAUGAAAAUGCACACUGGGAUCCUGAUCACUGCUGUAUCACAGAGAUAAAAAAACAACAACAACAACAACAACAAAACCAAUGCAUUUGAAGGAAAGAAUAAAACUAAAAUAUGAAACCUC